AUGGUGAAACAAAUUGUUUUACUUGUAUUUACAAAUCCUCCAAAGUAUCAUUAUCGAAUUUCACAUGUAUUUGCUAUAUUACCGCAUCCAUUACUUCUUCUGACUUUAUUCUAUUUCACUGAACCAUUGAAAAAAUAUCUUCUUAGACAAAGAAAUCUAGUUGGAUUUCAAUGGGAUCUAUCGUCAGCAUUACACAUCCGUUCACACCUUCUUCUAACAUUACGCUCAUCUUGUACAUCUAUAGGUCAACUAGUUUUAUCACCUACGGCUAACUGGUCGACUUAUGCGAUUACAGUUGCAGGAUCUGCAGCUUGUACUGCUGGAUCGACUUCCUCACUAUUAUACACAAAUCUUGGUAUAUUCAUUACAGACAACGAUACUCUCUACGUUGCUGAUCAGCUCAACCAUCGAAUAGUUGUCAUUCAACCUAAUUCAACCGUUGCUAGCAAUAUCAUCGGUUCUGGUCCCGGAACGGGGCCUUCUCAAUUCUACUCGCCAACCGAUGUUUUUGUAACCAACGAUGCUAUUUAUGUGCUUGACGCAGUGAACUAUCGAGUACAAAAGUGGUGGAAAAAUGGAAGUAAUGUCACUACCGUUGUCGGAAUUACAGCAACGGCUGGAACAUCUGCCAGUAACACAACAAUCGGACUCAGUUAUCAGAUAUAUGUCGAUAGUUCUGGUAAUAUCUAUGUACUUGACUUUGCAAAUCACAGGGUGAUGUUAUUUCCACCUAACUCAACUAGUGGAACAGCCGGUACGAUGGUUGCAGGAAAUGGUGUUGCAGGCACUGGACCGAAUGCGUUGUAUAAUCCAAGAGGAAUGUUUGUGGAUAGUACAGGUGCAAUGUACAUUGCCGAUACGUAUAAUCAUCGAGUUCAGUAUUGGAUCAUCGGUGCAUGUUAUGCAACGACUGUGGCUGGUAUUGGAACACUCGGGACUAGUUUAAGUCAACUGUAUUAUCCAGUGGCAGUGAUCGUGGAUAUGAAUGAAUAUAUGUACAUCACCGAUCAGUUUAAUAAUCGUAUUCUUCGAUGGUUAGUCGGGACAUGUGUGGGUCAGUGUGUUGCAUCGUGUGAUGGAACUGCGGCUGGAUCGGCUGCAAACAAGUUUUACUAUUCUGUUCGUGUGGUAUUCGAUAGUAAUGGCUCAUUGUAUGAUCUAAUUAAACACAAGUAUCUUGUAUUUCAGUAUCAACGACCGUUUCAACUAGUGCUGCAAGCAGCAGCAGCACCUCAACCACUACUACUACCAGUAGCAGCAGCAGCAGUACCUCAGCCACUACCAGCAGCAGCAGCGCUUCAACCACUACUACUACCAGCAGCAGCAGCACCUCAACCACUACUACUACCAGUAGCAGCAGCAGCAGCAGUACCUCAGCCACUACCACCAGCAGCAGCGCUUCAACCACUACUACUACCAGCAGCAGCAGCAGCACCUCAACCACUACUACUACCAGUAGCAGCAGCAGCAGUACCUCAGCCACUACCACCAGCAGCAGCAGUAGUAGUACCUCAGUCACUACUAGUAGCAGCACCGGUAUCUCUACCGCUACCACCAGCAUCUCAAUUGACACUACAACGAGUAGCAGUGCUUCAAGUAGUAGCACUUUAUAUACCAGUACUACUUCGAGCAUUUCUACAAUCUCGUCUCAUAUGUCAAGUGCCACAUCGAUUGCGCCUGUUGUCAAUCAAACUUGUUAUUCACCUUUGA